CUCGCCACCGAGGAGCUGAGGGUCGUCACCAUGCAGAGGAUAUUCAACUCCUUUGUGUACACAGAGAAAAUAUCGAAUGGAGAAAGCGAAGUUCAGCAGUUGGCAAAAAAAAUCCGUGAGAAAUUCAACCGCUACUUGGACGUGGUGAAUCGGAACAAGCAGGUGGUGGAAGCGUCGUACACUGCUCACCUCACCUCACCCCUGACUGCCAUCCAGGACUGCUGCACCAUCCCACCAUCCAUGAUGGAAUUUGAUGGAAAUUUCAACACCAACGUUUCCAGAACCAUCAGCUGCGAUCGACUCUCAACCACUGUCAACAGCAGAGCCUUCAAUCCUGGACGUGACUUAAAUUCUGUCCUUGCUGAUAACCUGAAGUCGAACCCAGGAAUUAAGUGGCAAUAUUUCAGCUCAGAAGAAGGAAUUUUCACCGUGUUCCCAGCCCACAAAUUCCGGUGCAAAGGCAGCUACGAACACCGCAGCAGGCCUGUCUACGUCUCCACCGUCCGCCCUCAGUCCAAGCACAUCGUGGUCAUCGUGGACCACGGCGCCUCAGUGACAGAGACACAGCUCCAGAUCGCCAAGGACGCGGCGCAGGUCAUCCUCAGCUCCAUCGAUGAGCACGACAAGAUCUCGGUGCUGACGGUGGCAGACGCAGUGAGGACCUGCUCCCUGGACCAGUGCUACAAAACCUUCCUGUCCCCUGCCACCAGCGAGACCAAGAGGAAGAUGUCCACCUUUGUCAGCAGCAUCAAAGCAUCWGACAGCUCCACCCAGCACGCCCUGGGCUUCCAGAAAGCUUUCCAGCUCCUGAGGAACACCAACAAUGGCACCAAGCUCCAAGGCAAUACYGACAUGGUCAUCAUUUAUCUCUCGGCUGGGAUCACUUCCAAAGAUUCCUCUGAGGAGGAUAAAAAAGCCACCCUGCGUGUCAUCAACGAGGAGAACAGCUUCCUCAACAACUCAGUGAUGAUCCUCACUUAUGCCCUCAUGAACGAGGGGGUGACAGGGCUGAAGGAGCUGGCUUUCCUGCGGGACCUGGCAGAGCAGAACUCGGCCAAGUACGGGGUGCCCGACCGCAGUGCCCUCCCUGUCACCAAGGGCAGYAUGAUGGUCCUCAACCAGCUGAGCAACCUGGAGACCACCGUGGGCAGGUUCUACACCAACCUGCCCAACAGGAUGAUCGACGAGGCCGUGUUCAGCCUGCCCUUCUCGGAUGAGAUGGGGGAUGGGCUGAUAAUGACUGUCAGCAAACCCUGCUACUUCGGGAACCUCCUGCUGGGAAUUGUUGGGGUAGAUGUCAACCUCGCCUAUAUCCUGGAGGAUGUCACCUAUUACCAGGACUCCUUGGGAUCCUACACCUUCCUCAUUGACAAUAAAGGGUACACUCUGAUGCAUCCCUCCCUGACCAGGCCCUACCUGCUGUCUGAGCCUCCUCUCCACACCGACAUCAUCCACUACGAGAAUAUUCCCAAAUUCGAGCUGGUGCGCCAGAACAUCCUCAGCAUUCCCUUGGGCAGCCAGAUCAUCACCGUUCCUGUGAACUCCUCGCUGUCCUGGCACGUCAACAAACUGAGAGAAAUUGGGAAAGAAGCCUACAAUGUCAGCUAUGCCUGGAAAAUGGUCCAGGACACGUCCUUCAUCCUGUGUGUGGUGGUGAUCCAGCCCGAAAUCCCCGUSAAGCAGCUGAAGAACCUCAACACGGUGCCCAGCAGCAAACUGCUCUACCACCGGCUGGACCUGCUGGGCCAGCCCAACGCCUGCCUGCACUUCAAGCAGCUGGCCACCCUGGAGAGCCCCACGGUGAUGCUGUCUGCAGGCAGCUUCUCCUCGCCCUACGAGCACCUGAGCCAGCCCGAGACCAAGCGCAUGGUGGAGCACUACACGGCCUACCUGAGUGACAACACCCGCCUGAUCGCCAACCCCGGCCUCAAGUUCUCGGUGAGGAACGAGGUGAUGGUGACGAGUCAGAGAAGAAAUGAGAAAAGGGAGAAGAGGAACAACAAGGAGGAGAGAGCUAGAAAGUACCUGCAUGCCGUGGCUAACCCAGGACUCAUCACCUUCACSGGGCCCUACCUGGACGUGGGAGGGGCUGGAUACGUGGUGACCAUCAGCCACACUGUCCAUUCCUCCAGUUCUCAGAUGUCCUCAGGACACUCCGUGGCCGUGAUGGGCAUCGACUUCACCCUCAGAUAUUUCUACAAAGUCCUCAUGGAUCUGCUGCCAGUUUGUAACCARGACGGGGGCAACAAAAUCAGCAUCCCUUUGUCCCCCUGCCCCUUUUUCUGUGCCCAGGGUGACCUGACCAACCUGGUGCACGGCAGCCACUGCUCCAAGUACCGCCUGACGCGGAUCCCGGGCACCAACGCCUUCGUGGGCAUUGUCAACGAGACCUGCGACUCGCUGGCCUUCUGUGCCUGCAGCAUGGUGGACAGGCUGUGCCUCAACUGCCACAGGAUGGAACAGAACGAGUGCGAGUGUCCCUGUGAAUGUCCCCUGGAGGUGAACGAGUGCACCGGGAACCUGACCAACGCCGAGAGCCGGAACCCGAGCUGUGAGGUGCAUCAGGAGCCCAUGACGUUCACAGCCAUCGAUCCCAACCUGCAGGACGCACUCCCCCAGUGCAUCAACACCCAGUGCAACCAGAGGACGGAGAGUGGGGAUUGCUUUGGAGUGCUGGACUGCGAGUGGUGCAUGGUGGACAGCGAUGGCAAGACCCACCUGGACAAAUCCUACUGUGCCCCUCAGAAGGAGUGUUUUGGUGGCAUCGUGGGAGCCAAGAGUCCCUACGUGGAUGAUUUGGGAGCAAUAGGAGACGAGGUGAUCACCCUGAACAUGAUCAAGAGUGCCCCGGUGGGCCCGGUGGCCGGUGGUAUUAUGGGCUGUAUCAUGGUGCUGGUGCUGGCYGUGUACGCGUACCGGCACCAGAUCCACCGCCGCAGCCACCAGCACAUGUCCCCGCUGGCAGCACAGGAGAUGUCCGUGCGCAUGUCCAACCUGGAGAACGACCGGGACGAGCGGGACGAUGACAGCCACGAGGAYAGAGGAAUCAUCAGCAACACGCGUUUCAUCGCGGCCGUCAUCGAGCGCCACGCGCACAGCCCCGAGCGCCGCCGCCGCUACUGGGGCCGCUCGGGCACCGAGAGCGACCACGGUGAGUGCUGGGCCAGCCUGCAGGCCUUGGGGGGCUCGGUGUGCUUCAGGAGAUGCUGUGUCUCCAGCUGA